CCGCCUAUAAAUAGCGACCCUCUCUCAAUUCCUCAACUCACAUUUAACAAACAUCAUCAAAAACAUUAAGUUGCGAGUUAAAAAACAGUGACUUUACAAGUUUACAUCCAGAGUAAUGGAGAAGAACAUCAAGUUUCCUGUUAUAGACCUGUCUAAGCUCAAUGGUGAAGAGAGAGACCAAACCAUGGCUUUGAUCGACGAUGCUUGCCAAAACUGGGGAUUCUUUGAGCUGCUAAACCAUGGAAUACCAUAUGAUCUUAUGGACAACAUUGAGAGGAUGACAAAGGAACACUACAAGAAAUUUAUGGAACAAAAAUUCAAGGAAAUGCUUCGUUCCAAAGGUUUAGAUACUCUCGAGACCGAAGUGGAAGAUAUAGAUUGGGAAAGCACUUUCUUCCUUCAUCAUCUCCCUCAGACCAAUCUUUAUGACAUCCCUAACAUGUCAGACGAAUACCGAACGGCUAUGAAGGAUUUUGGGAAGAGGCUAGAGAACCUAGCGGAAGAACUGUUGGAUUUGCUGUGUGAGAAUCUAGGGUUGGAGAAAGGGUACUUGAAGAAGGUGUUUCGUGGUACGAAGGGUCCAACUUUUGGGACAAAGGUUAGCAACUAUCCACCAUGUCCUAAUCCUGAGAUGAUCAAAGGGCUUAGGGCUCACACAGAUGCAGGAGGCCUCAUCUUGUUGUUUCAAGACGAUAAAGUCAGUGGCCUUCAGCUUCUCAAAGAUGGUGAUUGGGUUGAUGUUCCUCCACUCAAGCACUCCAUUGUCAUCAAUCUUGGUGACCAACUUGAGGUGAUAACAAACGGGAAGUACAAGAGCGUAAUGCAUCGCGUCAUGACUCAAAAAGAAGGAAACAGGAUGUCUAUUGCGUCCUUCUACAACCCUGGAAGCGAUGCUGAGAUCUCUCCGGCACAAUCUCUUGUGGACAAAGAAUCGGAGUACCCGAGUUUUGUGUUUGACGACUACAUGAAACUCUACUCUGGAGUCAAGUUUCAGCCCAAGGAGCCACGGUUUGAGGCCAUGAAGAAUGCUGCUGUAACCACGGAUGUGAAUCCGGUGGCCACCGUGGAGACAUUCUAAUUGGAAGUGGGGUUUUCUAUGAAGGCAAGAAAGAUAUGAAUAACAAAAUGGGUUUGAUAUGUGUGUGGGUAAUGUCAAUAAGUGAUGAAUCUAAUGCAAGUAAAAUCAAGAACUAAGUGACUAGUGAUCACUGAUGAAUCUGGUUUGGUUAAGUGUGGGGGUGUUUAUAACAUAUGAAUAUUGAAAAAAGACUUCAUAACA